AUGAGGACUUCAAAUGUUAAUUUUCCGACCUCUUAUUUUCUUUGUUACUGCUUUCUGUUCUUUUCCUCUGUUUCCUGGAGAAACAUUUGGGCUGAAAGUGGAAGCCAGGAGGAAAGGUUUCUUCAAUGUCUUCAUGAUUAUCAUCAAAGCAAUACCAAACUCGUCUUUACACCAAAUGAUUCUUCUUACAAUUCCAUCUUUCUGUCAUCAGUUCAGAACCUCAGGCUCAGAUCACCUCUUGAGCAGAAGCCUUUGGUUAUAGUCACCCCAAUAAAUUACCUUCAGGUUCAAUCAGUGGUUACUUGUGCGAAAGUUAACAAAAUGCGAGUUAGAACUAGAGGUGGAGGCCAUGAUUAUGAAGGUUUGUCAUCAAUUUCCUACUACAAGAACAGCCCUUUUGUUCUUAUUGAUUUGAAGAAACUGAGAUCAAUUUCCAUCAACACAAAGGCAAAGACAGCUUGGGUUGAAGGGGGUGGUACUCUUGGACAACUUUACUACAAAAUUUCCCAAAAAAGCCAAAAUCUUGGGUUUCCAGCUGGUCUUUGUCCUACUGUUGGGGUUGGUGGACAUUUAAGUGCAGGAGGGGAAGGCACAUUGUCAAGGAAAUAUGGCAUAGCAGCUGACCAUAUUAUUGAUGCUAAAGUUGUCAAUGCAAAUGGUGAAAUUCUUGACAGGAAAUCAAUGAGAGAAGAUUUGUUCUGGGCUAUUAGAGGUGGUGGAGGAGCCAGUUUUGGUGUAAUUCUUGCAUACAAGAUCAGUUUGGUCCAUGUUCCUUCUGUAGUCACUGUUUUUACAGUGAACAAAACUCUAGAACAAAAUGCCACUAAACUUGUUCAUCUCUGGCAAACCAUUGCCCCAAAAUUGAAUAGGGAUUUGUUCAUCAGAAUCCGAGUAGAUCCGGGGACAACGAAAAACGGGAAAACCACAGUGGAAAUCAAGUUCAAUUCCAUUUUCCUUGGAAGGGCUGACAAGCUUUUGUUAGUGAUGAAAGAAAGCUUCCCUGAGUUAGGAUUGAAAAGGAGUGAUUGCAAAGAGAUGACAUGGAUUGAAUCUGCACUUUAUUUCUCUGACCUUCCAAGUGGAUCAACUGUGAAGGAUUUGGCCAGAACAACUCCUUAUCCCAACGAUUAUUACAAGGCAAAAUCUGACUAUGUCAUUGAGCCCAUUCCUGAGGCUGCAUUUGAAGGGUUGUGGAAAAGAUUUAUGGCUUCUCCAGCUCCAAGACCUCAGCUGAUCUUCGCCCCUUAUGGUGGAAGAAUGGCUGAGAUUUCCGAGUCUGAAAUUCCAUUCCCGCAUAGAGCUGGAAACUUGUUCCAAAUACAGUAUCUGGUGUCUUGGGAUGCAGAGGAAAAUGCAGAUUCUCAUAAUCACAUUGACUGGAUUAGAGAGGCUUAUGAAUAUAUGGCUUCAUUUGUGUCUAAAUCUCCCAGACUUGCUUACUAUAAUUAUAGAGAUUUGGAUUUGGGAUUUAAUGAGGAAGAGAAUAUCAGCUUUGAAGAUAGUGCUUGGGGAUUUAAGUAUUUCAAGAACAAUUUCUAUAGGUUGGCUCGAGACAAGGCUGCUGUUGAUCCCACAAAUUUCUUCAGAUACGAGCUUAGCAUUCCACCCCUUGAAUCCUAG